CCUCCCCUCCCGCCGCCGGCGGCCGCUGUCAGGAUGAGGCGGAGGAGGCGGCGGCCCGGCCCGGCCGCUCCCGUCUCUCUGCCCGUGGCGUAGCGGUCCCCGCCCGGAGGAGGCCGCGGCGGCGCCGCCCGCCGAGCCAUGGCCCAGCCGGGCCCCAGCGCCCAGACCGAAGAUGCUCUUCUACAACGGGUAGCAGAAUUGGAAAAGGUCAAUGCAGAAUAUCUGCGCACAAAGCAGCAACUUGAGCAAGAAUUUAAUCAAAAGAGAGCAAAAUUUAAGGAGUUAUACCUGGCUAAGGAAGAGGACCUGAAAAGACAGAAUGCGGUGCUGCAGGCGGCCCAGGAUGACCUGGGCCAGCUGCGCACCCAGCUGAUGGAAGCCCACGCCGAGAUGGAGAACAUCAAGGCCAUCGCCACAGUGUCAGAGACCACCAAGCAGGAGGCCAUCGAUGAGGUCAAGAGGCAGUGGCAGGAAGAGGUGGCUUCCCUCCAGGCCAUCAUGAAAGAGACUGUUCGUGACUAUGAGCUCCAGUAUCACCACAGGAUGGAGCAAGAGCGAGCUCAGUGGAGCCAGUACCGAGAGAACGUGGAGCGGGAAAUUGCAGAGUUAAGGAGGAGACUGUCUGAAGGCCAGGAGGAGGAAAACCUAGAAAAUGAAAUGAAAAAGGCUCAGGAAGAUGCCGAGAAGCUGCGCUCGGUUGUGAUGCCCAUGGAGAAAGAGAUUGCAGCCCUAAAGGAGAAACUGGCAGAAGCUGAAGAAAAACUCAAAGCAGCCUCAGAGGUUAAAGAACUGAACCAUUAUUUAGAAGCUGAGAAGUCGUGUAGGACAGACUUGGAGAUGUAUGUGGCUGUUCUCAACACACAAAAAUCAGUCCUGCAAGAAGAUGCAGAGAAGUUGAGAAAGGAGCUGCAUGAAGUUUGCCAUCUCCUAGAGCAAGAGAGGCAGCAGCACAACCAGCUGAAGCACACGUGGCAGAAAGCCAAUGACCAGUUCCUGGAGUCCCAGAGGCUGCUGAUGAGGGACAUGCAGAGGAUGGAGAUUGUGCUCACCUCGGAGCAGCUCCGGCAGGUGGAAGAGCUGAAAAAAAAGGACCAGGAAGAAGAUGAUCAGCAAAGGCUGAGCAAGAGAAAGGAGGAGAAGCAAAAAGAUUCAGAUGAUGAAACAAAGGCUUCAUGUUCUCUGGCCCCUGAGGAAACCCCUACCCAGCUCUCUAAUGAAGAGGUGCAUGUGAAUAGCACCCAUGGCUCAGUCCAUUCCCUGGAUGCAGACUUGCUUCUUUCUUCUGGCGAAUCCUUCAACAAAGCAGACACUGAUGUGUUUAAAGAUGGACUAAGGAGAGCACAGUCAACAGACAGCCUGGGCACGUCUGGAUCCCUACAGUCCAAAGCUUUAGGAUACAACAACAAAGCAAAAUCUGCUGGGAACCUGGAUGAGUCAGAUUUUGGACCACUUGUAGGAGCAGACUCAGUGUCUGAGAACUUUGAUACGGCUUCCCUCGGAUCCCUGCAGAUGCCCAGCGGGUUCAUGUUGACCAAAGAUCAGGAGAAAGCAAUCAAAGCAAUGACACCAGAGCAAGAGGAGACUGCUUCCCUGCUCUCCAGUGUCACCCAGGGCGUGGAAAGCGCCUACGUGUCCCCCAGCGGGUACCGCCUGGUCAGCGAGACCGAGUGGAACCUGCUGCAGAAGGAGGUGCAGAAUGCAGGGAACAAGCUGGGCAGGCGCUGUGACAUGUGCUCCAAUUACGAGAAGCAGCUGCAAGGUAUCCAGAUCCAGGAGGCCGAGACCAGAGACCAGGUGAAAAAGCUGCAGGUGAUGCUGAGGCAGGCUAAUGACCAGCUGGAAAAGACAAUGAAAGAUAAACAGGAAUUGGAGGAUUACAUGAAACAAAGUGCUGAAGACUCCUCUAAUCAGAUCUCCUUGCUCAUGGCCAAGUGUCAGAAGUCAGAGAAUUUCCUCAGUGAGCUGCAGCAGGCGUUUCUGCAAGCCAAGAGAAGCGUCCAGGAGCAAAUGGCUGUCCUGACACAGUCAAGGGAGCAGGUUUCAGAAGAGUUGGUGAGACUGCAAAAAGAUAAUGAAAGUCUUCAAGGAAAACACAGCUUGCAUGUGUCCUUACAGCAGGCUGAAGAUUUCAUUCUACCAGAAGCAGCAGAGGAGCUCCGAGAGCUGAUCCUCAAGUACCGGGAGGACAUCAUCAGUGUGAGGACAGCAGCAGAUCACCUCGAGGAGAAGCUGAAGGCAGAGAUCCUGUUCUUGAAGGAGCAGAUCCAAGCUGAACAAUAUCUGAAAGAAAAUAUAGAAGAGACUCUGCAGCUGGAAAUAGAGAAUUGCAAAGAGGAAAUAGCUUCCAUUUCCAGUUUAAAAGCUGAACUGGAAAGAAUAAAAGUGGAAAAGGAACAGUUGGAAAGUUCUUCACAGGAAAACCUGCAGCAGCUGGAGAGUCUGCAGGAGGCAAAGAACGCUCUGGAAGAGCAGCUGAAGAAGGAGACUGCAGCAAAGGCCAACCUUGAGCAGCUGGUGUUUGAAGAGAAGAACAAAGCUCAGCGGUUGCAGACUGAACUAGAUGUCAGUGAGCAAGUGCAGAGAGACUUUGUGAAGCUUUCUCAGACACUUCAGGUGCAGCUGGAGCGGAUCCGGCAGGCAGAUUCCCUGGAGAGGAUCCGCGCCAUCCUCAACGACACAAAACUGACGGACAUUAAUCAGCUCCCUGAAACAUGACACCCCCAGGGCUCCCAGGCUGCGGCUGCCGUUUUUAACUCAUCUUUAUAGCAACAUUAAUUAUUAUUUAACUCUAACCGAGAGAGCAGAAGACAACAGAGGGGAGCGAUGACUUAAGUUUUGUUUCUAGAGGGGAAAAAGGUUUCGUACUGGGCAGGAAGAGAGCACGAGGGUGACUUGUAGUGUAGGAAGGAGAACUUGCUAAUGGAAACACUAAUGAGUGCAGUGUUUCGUGUUCCACUGAGUGGGAUCAGUCCUUACAUUCUGAAAAACUUCCCUCUUUCAGCCGACUUCGUAACCUAAUAUAGACUUUUGGAACAUAUGCCCCUGUCUUUCCCUCUGUCCUUUCCCCCACUACUGUGAUCAAAGUAGCUGCUGGAAACUGUAUUGUCCCUCCAAAACGUUGAAGAGCAAAGUGGUUGAAGUUUUUCUGUUUGAAUAGUCAGUAACAGUAUUCAGCUAGCAGAGAGAAUGAGGUGUAGAGUAUGCUGUAUGAAUAUUUUAUAUUAAAAUAUGACUUUAUUAGCAGGACACUGGAUAUUGAUCUUAUUUCAUAACUCAGUACUUUUUUUUUAAAACCAUUGGCUCUGUGAAGAAUCUGAAUGCUGCUGAAAUGUGGAUAUGAGUGAGCUGUGUAUCUCCUGAACAGAUAAAUGCUAAUCCAAAAAAAAAAGAACAUUGUACUGAGAAUUUAACUCCUUGCCAUUUUUCUGUUGAAUUCAGAUACUGAAAGAAAAGCACAAGAAAUGCA